AUGGCGAGCAACAACAAUAACAGCAACACCCUGGCGCCGCCAUCACUUUCGGUGAACACACGUGUUCGCAAGGACUCUGGUGCUAGUUCAGAAGACCCCUUCCUCACCCCAAACAACAGAAGCCGAUCCACCAGCGUCACCACUCAUGUCGUCGACAGGGAGGAAGCCCUCCGCCCGGACCCCGGCACCGAGGGCGAUUUCAAAGUCGACGACAAUCCUUUCGCCUUCAGCCCGGGCCAGCUCAACAAGCUGCUUAACCCAAAGUCUCUUUCUGCUUACAGGGCACUUGGUGGACUCAAGGGAAUAGCCAGGGGUCUUCAGACGGAUCUUGACGCUGGCCUGAGUAUCGAUGAGACCAGUGUGCGGAGGAAGAUUGCCUUCCAGGAGGCGGUUGACGGGACCGAAUCUAAGGCAGAAACCUCAUCAACACCCGGUGGAGAGGCUUUUGUCGACCGGACUAGAGUAUACGGCCGGAAUGUUCUCCCGCCCAAAAAGGCAACACCCCUGUGGAAACUCAUGUGGAACGCCUACAACGAUAAGGUCCUGAUCCUCCUGACUGUCGCCGCUGUUAUCUCCCUCGCCCUCGGGUUGUACGAGACAUUCGGCGUCGACCACCCGGAAGGCGCCCCACCGGCCGUGGACUGGAUCGAGGGUGUCGCUAUCUGUGUUGCCAUUAUUAUCGUCGUCGGUGUCGGCUCGAUUAAUGACUGGCAGAAGGAAAAGGCCUUCGUGCGACUCAACGAAAAGAAGGAAGACCGAGAGAUCAAGGUCAUUCGCAGCGGCAAAGCGGUCAUCAUCAACGUACAUGACCUCCUAGUCGGAGACGUCGUCAACCUUGAACCUGGCGACCUUAUUCCUGUGGACGGUAUUUUCAUUAGCGGCCACGAUCUAAAGUGUGAUGAGUCCUCAGCCACCGGAGAGUCUGACGCCCUGAAGAAGACUCCCGGCGAACAGGUUUUCAGGAUGCUCGAAAACGGCGAGAAGGCAAAGUCUGGUGAUCUGGACCCCUUCAUCAUUUCUGGAGCCAAGGUCCUCGAGGGCAUGGGCACAUUCGUCUGCACCUCGGUCGGCCCCUAUUCCAGCUUCGGCAAGAUUAUGAUGUCCGUCCGGACUGAGGUUGAGGCCACUCCCCUCCAGAAGAAGCUCGAGGGUCUGGCUGGUGCUAUUGCUAAGCUCGGCGGAAGCGCUGCUCUCUUAUUGUUCUUCGUCCUUCUGAUCCGCUUCCUGGCCAACCUGCCCAACGACAACCGUGACGGCCCGACGAAGGCAUCAACCUUUAUGGAUAUCUUGAUUGUCGCCAUCACAAUCAUCGUCGUGGCUGUUCCAGAGGGUCUCCCAUUGGCCGUGACACUCGCUCUAGCUUUCGCAACCACUCGUAUGCUCAAGGAGAACAAUCUUGUGCGAGUCCUGCGCGCUUGCGAGACCAUGGGAAACGCCACGACGGUAUGUUCCGACAAGACUGGCACAUUGACCACCAACAAAAUGACUGUCGUCGCCGGCACGUUCGGAUCCACCAGCUUCUCCAAGGCCGGAAGCGACAGCUCAAGCGUGACCGUCUCCCAAUGGGCGUCCAAGCUAUCUCCAGCAGCUAAGGAGGCAAUUGUCCAGUCCGUUGCCGUCAACUCAACAGCGUUCGAGGGUGAGGACCAAGGCCAAUUUGCGUUCAUCGGGUCCAAGACCGAGACAGCCCUCCUGCAGCUGGCCAAGGACCAUCUGGGCAUGCAAUCGCUUCCUCAGGUCCGCGCCAACGAGCAGGUGGUACAGAUGUUCCCCUUUGACUCGGGCAAGAAGUGCAUGGGCGCGGUCAUCAAGUUGCGCGACGGCGGGUACCGGCUGCUAGUCAAGGGCGCCUCCGAGAUCCUGCUGGGGUACUGCUCUUCCAAGGCCGACAUCACAGACCUCUCCGUCUCCGGCAUGGGCCAGUCCGACAAGGACGAGCUCCUGAAAACCAUCGACAGCUAUGCGCGCCAGUCCCUCCGCACCAUCGGCAUCGUAUACUGCGACUAUCAGCAGUGGCCACCCCUGCGCGCAAACAUGCAGGACGGCUCGGUCGAGUUUGCGUCCGUGCUGAAGGACCUCGUCUUCCUUGGUGUCGUCGGUAUCCAAGACCCCGUGCGUCCCGGUGUCCCCGAGUCGGUCAAGAAGGCCCAGCACGCCGGUGUGGUCAUUCGCAUGGUCACUGGCGACAAUGCAGUGACCGCCCGCGCGAUCGCUAUGGAGUGUGGCAUACUGACCGAGGGUGGUGUCGUCAUGGAAGGCCCCGUCUUCAGGACCCUCAGCGAUGAAGACAUGGAUCGCACCCUGCCGAAGCUGCAGGUGCUUGCUCGAUCUUCGCCCGAGGACAAGAGGAUCCUGGUAACCCGGCUGAAGCGUCUCGGCGAGACCGUUGCUGUGACCGGUGACGGCACCAACGAUGCGCCCGCACUCAAGGCUGCUGAUGUUGGUUUCUCCAUGGGCAUCUCUGGAACAGAGGUCGCUAAGGAGGCAUCAGCGAUCGUGCUGAUGGACGAUAACUUCUCGUCUAUCAUCAUGGCUCUCAAGUGGGGACGUGCUGUGAAUGACGCGGUCCAGAAGUUCCUUCAGUUCCAAAUCACCGUCAACAUCACAGCCGUCCUCUUGGCCUUUGUCUCAGCUGUCUCAGACCCAGAGAUGCGAUCCGUCCUCACAGCCGUGCAGCUCCUGUGGGUGAACCUGAUCAUGGACACCUUCGCAGCCCUGGCACUAGCCACGGACCCGCCGACGGAGAAGAUCCUCAACCGGCCGCCGCAGGGCAAGAAGGCGCCGCUGAUCACGACCAACAUGUGGAAGAUGAUCAUCGGGCAGGCCAUCUUCCAGCUGGCGGUGACGUUCACACUGUACUUUGGCGGGUCGCGCAUCUUCCCGUCGUACAGCGACAGCGAGCUGCGCACGGUGGUCUUCAACACCUUCGUCUGGAUGCAGAUCUUCAACGAGUUCAACAACCGCCGCCUCGACAACCGCUUCAACAUCUUCGAAGGCCUGCACCGCAAUCAAUUCUUCAUCGUCAUCAACAUCCUCAUGGUCGGCCUCCAGGUCGCCAUCAUCUUCGUCGGCGGCCGUGUCUUCUCUGUCAAUGAGGGCGGGCUCAAUGGGCCGCAGUGGGCCGUCUCUAUUGUCCUAGCCCUGCUUUGCAUGCCUUGGGCUGUCGUAGUGCGCCUCUUCCCCGACGCGUGGUUCGGCCGCAUCGCGAAUGUUGUGGGAUACCCCGUGGUUGUUGCUUACCGCUUCCUGGGUCGUUUUUUCAGCCGCGUCGGCAGGCUUUUCAAGCGCAACAAGAAAAAUGCCGAUGAGGAGGCUACCGGCAAUGAGGAGGGAGACUCGCAAAUGCGUCAGAGGAGCAACUCAGCCUCUGCCGAUUCGCCUGUGGUCGUCGUUUCUGACACUGAUGGGCUUAAUAACAACAAUACUGCCCCGGAGAUCAUGGUUGAGGACCCCGAGGGCCGAACGGGGCAUUAG